UUUUAUUUUAUCACUUUCAUUUAAAUUAGAAAUUGAAAUCAAUAAUAAGUACGGUCAAUCAUUAUACAUUCAAUUACUAUAAGAAACACCAAACAAGACAACGAAUUUGUAAAUAAUUUUUUUAAUUAUGUUCAAGUGCAAGCAUACUUCAUUAUUGAUAGUCGCUGCAGUGAAUCUCUUGGCAACCACGGGCGAUAUAACAACGUCAUGGCCGUCUCCGGUAUUUCCAAAACUAUACUCGAACGAUACAAGAAUAAACCCUCUGCCAAAGCCAAUGACAAGAACCGAAGAAUCAAUUAUUGGAUCUAUUCUCAGUAUAGGAGCAUGUAUCGGACCGAUUUUUCUCAAUUUGAUCAUCCAUCCGUUCGGAUAUAAGAAAACUUUAUUGUCUUUAGCCGUUCCGCAUUUUGUGUCAUUUUUAUUAUUGGGCUUUACCAAACGGAUUUAUUAUUUUUACAUAGCUAGAUUUUUAGCGGGGUUGUCAGUUGGUGCUGGUUAUUCACUCUUUUCCGUCUACGUGGGAGAUAUAGCUGAUGAUGAAAAAAGAGGAAGAAUGGUACUUGUUACUAACAUAUUUUGGUCGGCUGGAAGCCUUAUACCACUCGCUAUCGGACCUUAUACAUCCAUAUCAAAUUUCAAUCUGAUUUUAUCCUACUUACCAAUUCUAUAUUUCAUAUUAUUUUUGAUAGUGGGUGCAGAGAGUCCCUACUAUUUGAUGCGAAUGAAAAAAGAAGAAGAAGCCGAAGCUACGUUGAUGUAUAUAAAAGGAUGUGAUAAAAAAGAUGUUGCGGAAGAAUUGCGAAAAAUUUCCGAUUUUAUAGAAUCAAGUAAAGACGCUAAAUUGAGAGAUAUAUUAACAGAUAAGAUUAUGAGGAAAAAUUUGUUACUUUGUUGUACGUUAAUAGCAACACAAGAGCUCGGAGGAUAUUCGUCGAUUUUGUAUCAUUUAGAAUUAAUUUUUCGAUAUGCCGAAUCGAAUAUACCGGCAGAUAAAGCAGCUCUGGUAGUCGGUUUUGUUUUAUUCACAUCGAGUUUCGUUGCUCCUUUUUUGGUAGACGUUGUUGGAAGAAGGCCGUUACUUAUUACUUCGUGUAUUGGUAUGGGAACCUCUUUAGCACUGUUAGGAUUCUUUUUUCAUUAUCAUAAUACUCAUGCUCAUGUUCACGUUAUUAGAUUCGUACCUCUAUUGAGUUUGGUAUCAUAUAUAAUAAGUUUCAAUGUAGGUAUUAAUACCGUUCCGUGGACUUUGGUUUCCGAAUUAUUUCCUAGCAAAAAUAAACAAGCUGCUUCUUCCAUAGCGACCUCGUUUUCAUGGUGUGUUACGGCUAUCGUUACAUUCAGUUAUAAUUAUUUAGUUACCAGAUUAAGUAUAUUCGGAACAUUCUGGCUUUUUGCUGGGUGGUGUUUUGUGAGUUGUUUUUUCUGUUUUUUCUUCGUGCCUGAAACUAAAGGUAAAAGUUUUACCGAAGUUCAAAGAAUGUUAUAUAAGGAUUCCUCUGUAAAUAAACAAGAAUUAUUCUAAGUUGUUCUUAAAAUAUUUCAGACAAAUUCGAAUAUUUACGUACAUUUUAUUGUUCAAGGAAUACCUUGUUGAAGUCUUCUAAGGUAAAUUCCAAGACUUACUACAGCAUUCUAAAUAAUUAGCCCUUUAAUACAGGCAGAAAUAUAAACAAAAACCGACUAUUCUAGUCUGUAAACUCAAGCAUAUUAUAUGAUAGAAAUUGUUGUAAUAUAAAGACUGAUCACUUAAUAAAUCGUAUUCACGCUCUGAGUAACUAACACCCCCUUCUUCGACAUUAAUUGCCCUCCCCUUUCCACGCGUUGUUUCUGAUCGAACGAUUUACCUUGAAGAAAAAUCUGCCUAAUGCCGGCCGAUGAUUCAACCCCUUUCAAAGCCGGUGAAUUGACAAAACUCCAAGCUCUUGAUUUUCUAUUAUUUUAUUUAAGCAAUUGCGAUGCUAAAUAAUUGAAAUUUAGGGUAUUGCGUUUCCGAACUAUUCGUAAUAACUGGAUAGAUAAUAUGAUGUUAUAAAUAUUUAUUAUUAUAUAAAUAAAUAAAUUAUGAAUAAA